UACAGGAGGAUGUGCGCGGAGGGCACCGGCAUCAGUGGGGCGGGCUCUGUGUGCAGGAAUGUGUGCACUGGGGCUGAGCGGACACACAUCCCCGCAGCUCGGAGUCUCCUCAGCCCGGGCUCCGUGAACCGGCUGCAACUUCCCGCCUGGUGCCGCCGAGCCCCGUGUAGCAGCCACCCCCGGUCUGCCCGCUUCUCCGCCGUCUUGGUUGCCUAUUAAGGGAUUUACAAGGAGGCAGUGCGGCUGGGAGCCAGGUCGUCCUCAGCAUGGGGCUGCAGCCCUUGGAGUUUAGUGACUGCUACCUGGACAGCCCCUGGCUCCGGGAGAGGGUACGUGCCCAUGAGGCGGAGCUGGACAGAACCAACAAGUUCAUCAAGGACCUGCUGAAGGAUGGGAAGAACCUGAUAGCGGCCACCAAGAGUCUUUCCACAGCUCAGAGAAAGUUUGCGCAUUCAUUAAGAGAUUUCAAGUUUGAAUUCAUUGGCGAUGCAGAGACAGAUGACGAGAGGUGCAUUGAUGCAUCGCUACAGGAGUUCUCUAAUUUUUUACAAAACCUUGAAGAGCAGAGAGAGAUAAUGGCUCUUAGUAUAAAUGAGACGCUGAUCAAACCCUUGGAGCGAUUUCGGAAAGAACAGCUCGGAGCGGUUAAGGAAGAGAAGAAGAAGUUUGAUAAAGAAACUGACAAAAACUACAGCAAUCUAGAUAAACACGUGAGCAUGUCAUCAAAGAAGAAAGAGCCUCAGCUACAAGAGGCAGAUGUCCAAGUGGAGCAGAAUCGGCAACAUUUUUAUGAGCUGUCACUAGAAUAUGUAUGUAAACUGCAGGAAAUCCAGGAGCGGAAAAAAUUUGAAUUUGUGGAACCUAUGCUGGCGUUUUUCCAAGGACUUUUUACCUUCUAUCACCAAGGAUAUGAACUUGCUAAAGAUUUUAACCAUUACAAACUGGAGCUGCAAAUUAACAUUCAGAAUACCCGAAAUCGUUUUGAGGGGACCCGAUCAGAGGUUGAGGAGCUGAUGAGAAAGAUCAGAGAUAACCCACAUGAGCACAAACGAGCCAGCCCAUUUACAAUGGAGGGGUACCUCUAUGUCCAGGAGAAACGACCUGCUCCAUUUGGUUCCAGCUGGGUAAAGCAUUACUGCAUGUAUAAGAAGGAAUCCAAAACAUUUUCAAUGUUUCCUUAUGAACAUAGAUCAGGAGGGAAAAUAGGUGAAGGAGAGAGUUUUAUACUAAAGUACUGCUUAAAACGAAACACAGACACUAUAGACAGAAGGUUCUGCUUUGAUGUGGAAGCUGUAGAAAGGCCUGGACUUCUGAUCACCAUGCAAGCAUUUUCAGAAGAUAAUAGACUUCUCUGGAUGGAAGUACUAGGUGGAAAAGAAUCUAGAUUUCUGAGCCUUAGCAGAGCUACAACGAGAUCAGAGACAGGUGCUCAGCUAGACCAACAUGGAUUUGCUGUUGUAAAAAAUUGCAUCAAUGCUGUUGAGUCAAGGGGUAUUAAUGACCAAGGGUUGUACAGGGUUGUCGGGGUGAGUUCAAAGGUCCAGAGACUACUGAGUUUGUUAAUGGAUGUGAAGACUGGCUGUGAUGUUGAUUUGAGUGCUGCUGAAGAAUGGGAAGUCAAGACCAUCACCAGUGCUUUAAAACUGUACUUGAGGAGCCUGCCAGAACCACUGAUGACAUACGAGCUGCAUGAACAGUUCAUCAAUCCUGCCAAAAGUGGAAGUCCGGAGUCUCGAGUGAAUGCUAUUCAUUUUUUAGUUUACAAACUUCCUGAGAAAAAUAAAGAAAUGCUUCAUCUUUUCAUUAAACACCUAGCAAAUGUUUCAGAAAACGCCAAGAAGAAUUUGAUGACUGUAGCCAAUUUGGGAGUGGUGUUCGGACCAACGCUGAUGAGGCCUCAAGAAGAAACGGUGGCAGCCAUCAUGGACUUAAAGUUUCAGAACAUUGUUGUUGAAAUACUUAUUGAAAACCAUGAAAAGAUUUUUUCCAGCCCUCCUGAUGAGUCUGUGAAUGAGCCGACAUCCAUUUCUCCUCGUGCCCCACCUAGACAGUCACGGAGGCAGCGUAGCAAGAGGCCCCUUGCAGUUUACAACCUCUGUCUUGAACUAGAUAAUAAUGAUAACAACAACUCUCCAAAAGAAGAUACACCUACUGGUAGCAUGGAUUCUCUUUCGCCCCAGACUCUCACUCCUAUAGCGACAUGUGAAAAUCCUUCCUAUGAGAAAAAUCAUCUUCUAGCAGACACCAGUGAAGUUUUAGAGUGGGCUGUCUCAGAGACAUCCAUAACUCACUGUCCUUUGGUAUCAUGGAUAAAUAGUGAACCUUCAGCAGUAUCGUAUGAACCUACCUCUCCAGAGAUGCCUGAACCUUCUGCAGAUGCUGAAGCAUCAACUGCACUGCCGCUGGAUCUCCCUUCAGAGAGCAUCUCUGGCAGAAAGGCAAAAGCUGUAUAUCCAUGUGAAGCCGAACACAGCUCAGAGUUAUCAUUUCAAGUGGGAGAAAUAUUUGAAAACGUACAUAACUCAAGAGAACCUGGAUGGUUGGAGGGAACGCUUAAUGGCAGACGAGGGCUUAUUCCACAAAAUUAUGUUCAGUUUCUCUAGCUACAUGUACCAUAUGUGACAAACCGAAGCUGUACAUGGUAUCCAUGGAUUUCCGUUCCAGUUGUGUUAAUGGUGUCUUGUAUUGUGACUGCCUGAACCAUAUGACCAGACUUUAGCUGGUAAAAAAAAAAAGGUCAUUAAAGCAAAGGAAACGCAAUAUUGCCAAACUGUACUGAAAGACUUUAUUACUGUAUUUUUUGUAACUUGGUUAGCUAUUAUACUGUUAGAUUCCUAUGUCACUCAUUUCACACUUUCAUUCCUGGUUAAAAAAGCUAAUUUGUCUAAUUUUAUAUAAAAAUAAAUUGUGUGAUGUAUUGCCUCCUUGGCAACGAAUGUAAGGCAAAUAGCAUGCAUGGCUCACCCACUCAAGGCACCAAUUUGAAACCAGUUAGAAAUGAUUCUUCACCUUUGCCAGUUUUAUGUUGCUUCAUCUUAUUAUAAGGGCAUGAUCACUUUUGGAAAAAGUUAAAUUUUAUAUUCCUUUCUUUAUAAGUUCUCUUUUUGUAGCAGUCACAGAUCUGGUUGUUGUUGUUGUUUUGUUAUUUUUAAGAUUUCACUUGAAUUGUAUUAUUUUUAAAGUAUAUUUACUACAGAAAUGUAAUUUUAUCCUAAAAUAAAAUAUUAGUUCUU